AUGUCCUACGCCAGCAGUAUAAAGAUGAAAACAUCCAGCCAAAAAGUGCAAAGCAGCCGGGGCAGCAGCUAUGGAGGAUUCAGCAGUGCGUCCCUGUCCGGAGCUGGUUUUGGUGGAGGAUUGGCAUCUCAAAGUGGCUGGAUCAGCUAUGCCAGCUCUGGCUUCGGUGGCAGCGAUGUUCUCUUGCAUGGUGGGGAGAAGCAGACCAUGCAAAACCUGAAUGAUCGUCUGGCUUCCUACCUGGACAAAGUGAGAGCUUUGGAGUUGGCGAAUUCUGAGCUGGAGGUGAAGAUAAGAGAAUGGUACGAGCAGCAUCAUUCCAGCAACAACUCCCAAUCCCGAGAUUACUCCAAAUACUUCCAGGUCAUCGAAGAUCUCAAAAGCAAGAUCAUUGCAGGAAGCACAAGCAAUGCCCGGAUCGUCCUCCAGAUUGACAACGCCAGGCUGGCAGCCGAUGACUUCAGAAUGAAGUAUGAGAAUGAGCUGGCUCUACGUCAGAGCGUGGAGACUGAUAUCAAUGGCCUUCGACGUGUGCUGGAUGAACUGACCCUCUCAAGAUCUGACCUUGAGUUGCAGCUCGAAUCUUUGACUGAAGAGCUGGCCUUCCUCAAGAAGAACCACCAAGAGGAGAUUAAUUCCGUCAAGGGGGGAAGUGGUCAAGUGAAUGUUGAGAUGGAUGCAGCUCCAGGUGUGGAUCUCACCAAACUUCUGAAUGAUAUGAGAGCAGAUUAUGAAGUUGUUGCUGAGAAGAACCGCAAGGAAGCAGAGGAGUGGUUCCUUAAGAAGAGCAAUGAACUUAAAAAGGAAAUCUCCGUCGGAGCACAUGAAGUCCAGACAAGCCGCUCCGAGAUAUCAGAGCUUAGGCGCUCACUCCAAAGUCUUGAGAUUGAACUUCAGGCUCAGAUCUCUAUGAAAAACUCUCUUGAAGGAACACUAGCAGAGACAGAAGGUCGCUACUGCGUUCAGCUUGGCCAACUCCAGGCCCAGAUCAGCAGCGUUGAAGAACAGUUGCAUCAGGUCCGAUCUGAUGUGGAAAGACAGAGAGCAGAGUAUGUACAGCUUUUGGAUAUCAAGACCAGACUAGAGAUGGAGAUUGAAACCUACAGACGCCUGCUGGAAGGAGAACUAGGGUCCAUCACUAUACAGCAGACCAAGUCACAAACCUCAUCAGUCGACUCCAAAAAAGAUCCAACCAAAACAAGGAAAGUGAAAACAAUAGUGGAAGAGGUCAUCAACGGGAAAGUGGUCUCCACUCAGGUUAAUGAAGUUGAAGAGAAGAUGAAUUAAUGGGAACGUUGGAUGAUAACACAGGCACAAGCUUCUAAGAUGUGCAAAAAUAGCUGAUAAUGUUCAGGUUAAUUACAGUUAAUGUGAUAUUACAUUAGUCACUGCCAAAGUGGUUACUUGCAGCUUCUGGGCCCCAAUACAAUAUCUGUCCUAUGGCCCACCAAAAUCUGUCCUAUGGCCCACCAAAAUCUGUCCUAUGGCC